CUGUGGCUCAGGGGCGCGCCCGGUCAGCCAUGGGGGGCUCCCACGCCCCCAGCGCCUCCGGCAUCGUCACGGUCAAGCCCGUCUCUCUGGUGAUAGGCGGGAACGGCGGUGCUUCUUCCCCUUCGUCGUCGAGGUCCGAACCAGGCUACGGUGGCUGCAAGAACGGGGCCCUGAUGGACAGCUUCGGCAUCUUCCUUCAGGGGCUGCUCGGGGUGGUGGCCUUCAGCACUCUCAUGCUGAAACGCUUCAGAGAACCAAAGCAUGAAAGACGGCCGUGGAGGAUAUGGUUUUUGGAUACUUCAAAACAAGCCAUAGGGAUGUUGUUCAUCCACUUUGCCAAUGUGUAUUUAUCAGAUCUUACUGGAGAGGACCCUUGUUCACUGUACCUCAUCAACUUUCUGUUAGAUGCCACUUUAGGAAUGCUGCUGAUUUAUGCUGGUGUGCGGACAGUAAGCAGCAUUGUUGAAUGGCGGCAAUGGGAGUCUCUUCGCUUUGGUGAAUAUGGUGACCCGCUGCAGUGCAGUGCUUGGGUGGGCCAGUGUGCUUUGUACAUAGUGAUCAUGAUGUUUGAGAAAACAAUAAUCAUUAUAGUCCUCCUAAUACCUCAAUGGAAAGAGGUAGCUUUGUUGAAUCCAAUAGAGAACCCUGAGUUGGAGCUAGCUAUUGUCAUGCUGAUAGUCCCCUUCUUUGUAAAUGCAUUAAUGUUCUGGGUAGUUGAUAAUUUCCUUAUGAAGAAAGGGAAAACGAAAGCUAAGCUUGAAGAGAAAGAAGGAGGACUAGAUUCGAGGAAUGGAAGCAAAGUUCGAUACAGGAGAGCAGCCUCACAUGAGGAAUCUGAGUCAGAGAUCUUAAUUUCAGCAGAUGAUGAAAUGGAAGAAUCUGAUGUUGAAGAAGAUCUUCGAAGACUUACUAAUUUAAAGUCUGUUAAGAAAAAGAAGCAUCGAUUUGGUCUCUGUUCAGGGGCAGAAGACGCUCCUGUCAAAAAGAAGCGUCCUCCAGUGAAGGAAGAAGACCUCAAAGGGGCUAAGGAAAAGCUCUCUAGCAAUCAGGAAAUCAAAUCCAAAACUUACCAUGUCAUGAAGCAGUGUGAGCAAGCUGGCACGGCAGCUCCAUCUGUAUUCAGCCGAGAUCGCACAGGAGGGGAAACAGUCUUUGAUAAGCCAAAAGAAGGGCCUGCAAAGAGCGUCUUUGGCUGACUGCCAAGCCCAAGGGCUGAGCUGAAUAUUCUUCAUGUAGUACUUAACCCCUUGUUUUGCUUUCACGUGCACCAGUCUUAUUACACCACCAUUAACUUAAUUGUUUUAAUAAUUAAUUAGAAAGUUUGCAUUGCAAAAUAAGCUUUUUAUACCUUGUUUGUGUGAGGGGUUCCCCCCCCCCAUCUGAUGUGUUGUGAGUAAUUCAAGUUGGGUGGUAAGCUCUUGGGUGCAGAUUGGUACCAUAAUGACCAAUUUUAUUGCAUGCUUAUUUGUGUUGCAGGGCUGCACCCAGUUGCAGCUGUGCUUUUCAUAUUGAUGUGCAAAACCAAUAAAGCAUGGUGAAUUUGAUUU